GUCAUGAAAGCGAUUCGUCUUUAAUUUUAAAGGAUGUAGUUCCUCUCUGCCAAACAUUCAUGGACAGGUGAACUUGCGAAGACAACUCGCCAAACUGACCAAUCAUUCUCAAGCCUUACCAGUGACAGAUCGCAGUGACAGUCCACCUUCAGAUCAACACCAUCUCAAGGCUUCAUAAGGUGGUUCCUUUCUUCAUCACUUCUCUCACUAUUUCCAAUCAUUAACUUCCACCUCAAAUCUCACUUCUUUCCCGCUCGCCUGUUCUCUGCCUGUUUCAUUUCCCCUCACAGCACAAUAGCAGACCAUCCUUCCCAGUACUCAUAAAACCCCUCAUAAGCUCCAACCAAGAAACCAUCAACCACAAUCACAAUGUCCACCUCCAAAGCCCAAGCAGUAAACACCCACUACUCCCUCCUCGCACGCUCCGACCCCACCCCCAACAACACCCACGCCCUCAAAGCCGCCUCCUCAUUCGGCUACACACCCGAAGACCUCGCCGCCAUCCCCUCCGGUGCAAACCUAGGCGUAAGCUGCGGCAACCCCUUAGCCAUAGCAGGAAUCAAACCGGGCGAAACAAUCCUCGACCUCGGCUCCGGCGCCGGCUUCGACAUCUUCCAAGCCUCCCUCAAACUCGGCCCCUCCGGCCACGCAAUAGGAAUCGACUGCUCCCCAGACAUGCUCUCCCUCGCCCGGACCAACCAUUCCAAACUCAACCCCAAAUCCAACCCCAACCCCAAAAACAUCCAAUUCAUCCUCUCCGACAUCAGCAGCACCCUCCCCCUCGACCCCGAAACCAUAGACUGCAUAAUCAGCAACUGCGUAAUCAACCUCCUCGCCCCCCCAGAAAAAAAGAAACUCUGUUUCAGCGAAUGCUUUCGUGUUUUGAAAAGGGGAGGGAGGUUGGCGGUGAGUGAUAUCCUUGCGAAGAGGGAGUUGGGGGAGGAGAUGAGGGGGGAUUUGGGGUUGUUUGUGGGCUGUGUGGGGGGUGCUAGUUUGGUGGGGGAGUAUGAGCGGUGGUUGCGGGAGGUGGGGUUUGAAGAUGUUCUCAUCGUGGAUAAGAAGUCUGAUCUCAAUAUCUACAAGGAACGCGUCCCAGCAGGCGAAAUAGGUACUUCUAAAGCCGCAGAAUCCGGAUCUUCUUGCUGUGCUCCAGCUACUUCAUGCUGUGGAGCUGAUGCAAAUACAAAAAAUGAGUCUGAAUCGGCCGAAAUACGAGCAAAGAGAGUUGCGGACAUCGAUUUCAAUGAGUGGGUUAGUUCUUUCAGUAUUUACGCUGUCAAACCUAAGAAGUGAAAGAUUUUCUCUUCGUGGGAUAUACAGGGAUCUUGCUCUAUCAUUGUUUCAUUUAGGAGCCGGUUUGAAACCUCAAUCAAACGUCUCUCCCCAAGUCCAAUUGCGAAGUUUUUUCAUUUCCGUUCCAUUCUGGUUGCUGCUUAUCAUCUGCGUUGUUUCAUCAUGCACGAUAUUGAUUUACUUGCAUAUAUCAACGCAAAAGCAUCUCCCCAACACGGUCAUACCAG